AUGUUAGAGAACUACAGGAACCUGGCCUCCUUGGGUCUUGUGGUCUCUAAGCCGGACCUGGUCACCUUUCUGGAGCAAAUGAAGAAUCCCUGGGAUGUAAGGAGAAUGGACACAACAGCCACAUACCCAACUGUGUCUUCUCACAACACCCAUGAUUUGAUGUCAAAGAAUCCAAGGUUUGAAAAUUUAAACCAAAAAGCAAACCUAGGACUAUAUGAAAGAGCUCACCUUGGAAAUGAACAUUUAACCAAAGACUGGAGAUAUACAAGGGUAUGUGACAGACUGAGAGGAUGUUUAUAUGGACAUAAAGAAAUUGAGACCAUUUCAUAUACUAAGUCUUAUAAAUGUAAGGAAUGUGGCGAUUGCUUUAGCCAGCACUCAAGUCUUACUCACCAUCAGAGAGUCCAUACCCGGGAGAAGUCUUUUAAAUGUAAGGAUUGUGGCAAAGCCUUUAAACAGUGCUCAUGUCUUCAUAAAUAUCAGGUAAUUCAUGCUGGAGAGAAACCUUAUAAAUGUCAAGAAUGUGCAAAAGCUUUCAGUCAAUACACAACUCUUACUCAACACCAGCGAAUUCAUACUGGAGAGAAGCCUUAUAAAUGUAAGGAUUGUGGCAAAGGCUUUAUUCAACGCAGAGGUCUUACUUGCCAUCAGAGGAUUCACACUGGAGAGAAACCUUAUAAAUGUCAAGAAUGUGGAAAAGCUUUCAGUCAACACGCAACUCGUCUUACUUGCCAUCAGAGAGUUCAUACUGGAGAGAAACCUUAUAAAUGUCAAGAAUGUGGAAAAGCUUUCAGUCAAUAUGCAACUCUUAUUCAACACCAGCGAAUUCAUACUGGAGAGAAGCCUUAUAAAUGUAAGGAUUGCCUUACGUGCCAUCAGAGAGUUCAUACUGGAGAGAAACCUUAUAAAUGUGAGGAUUGUGGCAAAGGCUUUAGCCGGCACUCAGGUCUUACUUGCCAUCAGAGAAUUCACACUGGAGAGAAACCACAUAAAUGUCAAGAAUGUGGAAAAGCUUUCAAUCAAUACGCAACUCUUUUGAAACACCAGCGACUUCAUACUGGAGAGAAGCCUUAUAAAUGCAAGGAUUGUGGCAAAGGCUUUAGCCAGCUCUCAGGCCUUACUUGCCAUCAGAGAAUUCACACUGGAGAGAAACCAUAUGAAUGUCAAAAAUGUGGAAAAGCUUUCAGUCAAUGCACUACUCUCACUCUACACCAGCGAAUUCAUACUGGAGAGAAGCCUUUUAAAUGUAAAGAUUGUGGCAAAGACUUUAGGCGCCACACAGGUCUUACUCACCAUCAGAGAAUUCACACUGGAGAGAAACCUUAUAAAUUAUGUGCCAAAGCCUUUAAUCAGAGUUCAAAUCUUAGUCAACAUCGGCAAAUCCAUACUGGCAGGAAACCUUAUAAAUGUAAGGAAUGUGGCAAAGUGUUUAUCUAUUUCUCAACUCUUAGUCAACAUCAGCAAAUUCACAUUAGGGAGAAACCUUAUAAAUGUGCAAAGUGUGGCAAAGCCUUUAAUCAGAACUCAAAUCUUACUCGACACCAGCGAAUUCAUACUGGAGAGAAACCUUAUAAAUGUAAGGAUUGUGGCAAAGCCUUUAGCCGGUGCUAUGGUCUUACUCAACACCAGCGAAUUCAUACUGGAGAGAGACCUUAUAAAUGUAAAGAAUGUGGAAAAGCCUUCAAUAAAAACUCAAAUCUUACUCAACACCAGCGAAUUCAUACUGGAGUGAAACCUUAUAAAUGUAAGGAUUGUGGCAAAGCCUUUAGCCAGCGCUAUGGCUUUACUCAACAUCAGUUAAUUCAUACUGGAGAGAAACCUUAUAAAUGUAAAGAAUGUGGAAAAGCCUUUAGUCAAUACUCAACUCUUACUAAACACCAGCGAAUUCAUACUGGAGAGAAACCUUAUAAAUGUAAAGAAUGUGGAAAAGCAUUUAAUAAAAAGUCAACUCUUACUAAACACCAGCGAAUUCAUACUGGAGAGAAGCCUUAUAAAUGUAAGAAACCUUACAAAUGUAAUGUGUGUGGCAAAGCCUUUAACCAGGGUUCUAAUCUCACUACACAUCAGAGAGUGCACACAGGAGAGAAACCAUAUAAAUGUGAUGUCUGUGGCAAGGUCUUCAGUAGAAACUCACACCUUGAAAAUCAUCAGAGGAUGCACACUGGAGAGAAACCUUACAAAUGUAAUGAAUGUGGUAAGGCGUUUAUCCAGCGUUCACUCCUUUGGAGUCAUGAGAAAAUGCACAGUGGUGAGAAACCUUACAAAUGUAAUGAAUGUGGCAAAGCAUUUGCUGAGCGGUCAAGCCUUAACAAACACAAGAAAAUCCAUACUGGAGAGAAACCGUACAAGUGUACUGUGUGUGGCAAAGCCUUUACCAUGAGAUCAAAUCUUACUCAACACGAGACAAUCCAUACUGGAGAGAAACCUUACAAAUGUAGUGAGUGUGGCAGAGCUUUUACCCAAUUUUCACGCCUUAGUCGACAUCAGAAAAUGCACACUGGAGAGAAACCACACAAGUGUAAUGUGUGUGGUAAGGCUUUUAUUGAACUUUCACAACUUUGGGGUCAUGAGAGAAUUCAUACUGGAGAGAAACCACACAAGUGUAAUGUGUGUGGCAAGGGAUUUACCCAACGUUCAGGCCGUUUGGCACAUCAGAGAAUUCAUACAGGAGAAAAAUCUUACAAAUGUAAAGACUGUGAUAAGGCCUUUAUCCAACGUUCCCAACUUUGGGGUCACGAGAGAACUCACACUGGAGAGAAACCUUACAAAUGUAAUGAUGAGAUAUAUUUUUCAUUUCAGGGACAUUUGACCUUCAAGGAUGUGGCCAUCGAAUUCUCUCAGGAGGAAUGGGAAUGCCUAGACCCUGCUCAGAGGGCCCUGUACAGGGAUGUGAUGCUGGAGACCUACAGGAACCUGCUCUCUGUGGCUGUCUCUCAUAUACAUGUGAUCAAGAAAUUAAAACCAAAAGCAAACAGUGAUACAGGAGUAUUCCAGAGAGUGAUGUUGGGAAGAUAUGAAAGUCAUGAAAUCAGAGACUUUUACUUCACGGAAAUCCAGGAAAACAUGCACGUCUUUAAGUGUCAGUGGACAGAUAAUGAAGGAAAUGACAAAGGAAUGCCUGUAAACAAUAAUGAAAAUUUCACUGAUGGAAAAAAUCAACAUGGUAGAAGGGAUCCAGGAAACAAACCUAUUGAAAAUAAGCUUGCAUUAAGCUUUCAGGAUGAAUGGUGUAUAUUUAAAAGUGAAGAGAAAAUUAAUGAAUUUAAUCAAGCUGACAAGAGUAGCAACAGUAGCACCUCAUUUUUACCAUUUCAGACAAUUUCUCCUAUUGUCCAAACCAACAUUUCUAAUCCAUAUGGGAAUGAUUUUAUUAAUCCUCCAAUACUGACACAAGACCAGAAAGCAGACAAGGAAAAACCUUAUAAAUGUAAUGAGUGUGACAAAACCUUUCCUUACAGCUCAAACCUCAGCAGACAUCAGUUAAUCCAUACGGGAGAGAAACCUUAUAAUUGUGAUGUAUGUGGUAAGGUAUUUAGUCGAAAUUCACACCUUGCAUGUCAUCAGAGAAUUCAUACAGGAGAGAAACCUUACAAAUGUAAAGAGUGUGGUAAAACCUUUAAUCAGAAGCGCUCUAGCCUUACUCAGCAUAAGAGAAUCCAUACAGGAGAGAAACCUUACAGAUGUAAUGAGUGUGGGAAGGCCUUUAGGAAGCAUUCAAAUCUUACUCAACAUAAGGUAGUCCAUACUGGAGAGAAACCUUACAGAUGUAAUGAGUGUGGCAAAGCAUUUAGUGUGCACUCAGCCCUAAGGAACCAUCAGAUAAUCCAUACAGGAGAGAAACCAUACAAAUGUGAUGUCUGUGGCAAGGUCUUCAGUCGAAAUUCAAUCCUUGCAAGUCAUCAGAGGCUGCACACUGGGGAGAAACCUUAUAAGUGUAAAGAAUGUGGUAAGUCAUUUAUUCAACGUUCACUCCUUUGGAUUCAUGAGAAAAUCCAUACUGGUGAGAAACCUUACAAAUGUAAUGAAUGCGGCAAAGCCUUUCCCGUGCGGUCAAUCCUUACUCAACAUAUGAGAAUCCAUACUGGGGAGAAACCUUAUAUAUGUACUGAGUGUGGCAAAGCCUUUACGAAACAUUCAAAUCUUACUCAACAUAAAACCAUCCACACUGGAGAGAAACCUUACAAAUGUGAUGAGUGUGGCAAAGCUUUUACCCAACGUUCAAGUCUUGUGGCACAUCAAAGAAUUCAUACAGGAGAAAGACCUUAUAAAUGUCAUAAAUGUGAUAAGGCUUUUACCCAAAAUUCACAACUUUGGCGUCAUGAGAGAACUCAUAUUGGAGAGAAGUCUUAUCAAUGUAAUGAGUGUGGCAAAGCCUUUACAGAUGGUUCACAUCUCAAUCGACAUAAGAUCAUUCAUACUGGUGAGAAACCUUACAAAUGUCAUGAGUGUGGCAGAGCUUUUACUCAGUUUACAAACCUGGGUAGGCAUCAAAAAAUACAUACUGUAAAGAAACAUUAUAAACCUAAUCUAUGUGGCAGUGCUUUUAUUAAAAGGUGA